AUGUCUUCUUCUAAGCGUGGGUUGAAUUUUACCGUAGAAGAAGAUCUACAAUUGUGCCAUGUUUAUCUUGAUAUUUCUCAAUGUCCAAUUAAUGGUAUUAACCAGAAAAAGGAUGCACUAUGGGAGAGGAUUGCUGUUAUCUACAAUGAAGGCAAGUCUGAGGAAAGGAGUCGAUCUGGUGGGUCGCUUCAAAGUCGAUUUUCUGAUCUAUGCUUACCGGUCAGUAAACUUCGUAGUCAUAUUCGACAAAUUGAGUACCAAAAUCCAAGUGGUGCAUCAGAGUCCUAUAUUUUCAAGAAAGCUAAGGAAUCUCUCCUAGAUGAUUCAACUUAUAAGAAGAAAAAGUUUCAAUUUGACCAUGUGUGGCCCAUUCUAAAAAAUGCUGAGAAAUGGCUUGAUAAUGCUGCCAUGACCGUUCCUAAACCUCGUAGAAGGAAGGAGUCAUCGACAUCUGAUACUCCAUCGUUUUCUGUUGAUUUAAAUGCAGAUGAAGAUGAGCAAGAGUACAUCAACGAUGAAGUUGCUUCACAUGAUCGUCCCAUGGGAACGAGGAUGGCAAAGAUGAAAAGGAAAGCCACCGAUGAGAAGAAAAAGAAUUAUGAUAAGAUCAUGGCCGAUAACCAAGCAAUAAAAGAGUUACUUGAAAAAAGUAUGCUGGAGAGAUCAAGCUUCGCUUCCAAGUUUGACCAUUACACGUCAAGCAAAUUGGAUAUUCAACGUCAGCGCGAAGAGAAUAAAAUCAUGCUGACCAAUUUGGAUUCCGUAACAGAUCCAACAGAUCGUGAAUUCUUGAAGAUGAGGAAGGCAGAAGUUAUGCAAAGAAGAGCUCGUGAGUCUCAAUCACAAGGAUCACCACCUACUACAUUUGGCUAUGGUAACUUUAGUAACCUGAACCAGUUUCAAAGUGGUUCUGAAGCUACAUUUCUUUCUGGAAAUUUUGGUAGUCCUUUACAAUUUUCAAGUGGAUUCGGAGGAAGUGGUGGGAAUGGAGGAGUACCACAUGCUGGAGGAAGUAGCGGUGGAGGAGUGCCUGAGUACAAUGAAAGUGGUGGAUUCGGAACAAGCGAUGGUUAUGGAGGAAGUGAUGCUAAUCUACCGGAAUACUAG